GGCAUUUGGACCCACUUUCGCGUGUUCGAAAACGGCAACUUCACAACGCGUCUUCCCUUCCCCUCCGCGUCACCAAUUAAGUUUGCCGUUGUUUGGCAGCCCUCACAGACCAAGCGUUUUUGCCUUGAACCUGCGCGGGCCACCAUUUUGCGCUUUCUGCGAACAACACGAUGACAACGACAAAUUGACUUCCUUGUUGGAGAUGCUGUCCACGGUGUCCUCGAGACCCGUCCCUGCCGGGGCAACCAGCGCGAGCAGUGGCCGAUGCAGCGCUCCAGUCCUCGAGUUCGUCUGCCUGUUCACCCACGAUCUCCGGAGGAAGCAGAAGCGGUGGGAAGAUGGACGCCUGAAGUACCACACCUUCAACAAACGUGUCAUGGUCUACGAUGAGCGGGGCAACUUCGUCGGGGACAUGCACUGGCAGCGUGAGUCGGAGUUCGGCGAGGGCGAAGAAUUCCAAUUAGAGCGUGGAGGGGCCAUCGUCCAGGCCAUAGAGUGCGUGGGACGCCAAAACCAGGACUUGUCCGAGCUACUCGACAAAAGAGCAAAGGAAAAGGAACAGCGCCAAGCACGGGUGGCCUUGCGCCCGGCCCCGCUGGGAGCUUCAGCAAAUACACCUGUGGCUGGCAUCCGCGUGAACGACCACUUUCAGACCAGGCAUCGUCCUCUCAAUCAGGUCCUCGGGACCCCUACCGGUCCCCUCGGCCGUGCCGUGGUUCCGACCGAGUCACCGUUCGAGCUUCGGCAGAGAGCUAACGAGAUGCCCGUGAACCAUGACGAUGCGCGCCCUGCAAAGAGGCGGAAAUGCGACCUCACGCCGCCAAGCAAGAUGGGUUAUGCUCGGAGCUUGUUUGGUGCCACGCUAUCCCUGUCCGCGGUGCCAUUGAGCUCAAUACCCCGACCACAACCAGAAGCCUCGGGACCUCGUGGGACAGGCACGUUGGACAUUGAGCCAGUGCCAAAAGACCGAACGCUUGAUAGGGGUGACCCGCCAGCUACAGUUUCCCGGGCAAACGUUGUUUCCCGUCCGUCAGGGGUGCCCCUGGAGCAUGGACCGGAUGACCGUGUUGGAGAACGCGAACCACCUGAAACCGCACCCAGGAGCAUGGCGCACACACGCUUAGGGAAAGCAAGGUCAACCUCUCGGAUUGGGGUCCAAGACUUACCGAACACCAGCGGUCGAUGCUCAUCCUUCUCCAGCGAGAACAGGACUAGGAUCGAUACUUUCAGACCGCCCCUAGCUUCCCGGAGUCUUAAGGAGCCAGAUGGUCCGCAAAAUGCGGAAUCAACAAAGCAUCCCCAAGUUGGACCUGAGGAAGUCGCCCCCGUGACAGACUGCCCAGGCUUAGGAGCGUCGCGCUCGCAGGCAAUCGUUCUGGAUGAAGACACAGGGCAGAGACCAGACGGCGAAACACACGUUUCGAGAACGCUCGCACCGGAGAGAAACACUGCGGGUUCAAAACGUGUGGCAUCAAGUCCGGCAAGGCAGAGACCAGCCAAGCAAAAGAGUCCGCAAGCCGAGGCAGACCGACCCCCAGCCAUUGCGCCGGAAAGCGACGAGACACUCAAAGAAGCUCAACUACCAAACGAGGAAAGAACCGUGUUGCGGUUGAAGCCUCGGCAGAAGCGAGGUCUCCUGCUGCUCUCCGAAAAGCGGAAGAAGAACCAGCAGCUCAAAGGGCGGAGCUCACCCUCGAGGGAGCAGAUUCACGCUACCGACCGCCCGGCCACGCCCGUGCACGACAAGGCUGCAGAGCUCCAUACUCAAGUCGGCCACAAGACCGCAAACCAUACCUCGAUAGUGUCGCGCGGUGAUUCAACUGCACCAUCCUUUGCCGACCUCGGAGAGGCCCCUGCACCCGGGGACUCCGUGCCAGAUGCAGAGGAUGAGCCAAGGGACCAGUCGAUUCCUCCUCAAAGAGAGAAGAGAAAGCAGAAGGCCAAACGCUCUGCCAAACUGCAGGAGAGGGCGCGCGAGACGGCCAGCCCCGACAUGCAAGGGGACUCGUCAGAUGAUGGCCACACCGUCAACACGCGGAAAUCCGCCCGACAAGGCCAGAAGACCAGGCGCCCGAGUGAUCAGGUCUCCAGCCACCCCAAAACGGUGCAGGCGGCAGACUCGGAAGAGAGUGAGAACGAAGAGCUGCCACAGGCGGAGGUUGGACCUCACCUCGUAAGACUCGGCAGAAAGAGUGUCAGGAGCAGAGAAGUGUUUGGGUUUGUCCCGUCUAGCCCACCCAUCGUCAGCAUUGCAGGCCCCUUUGAGCCGACGCCGGGCAUUCGGGAUCCCCAUCUCGCGGUAGAGGAGACUACAGCAGCUACCUGCCUUCCUGAUCCACGAGCCAACGAGGCGCCAAUCCCCCACCAGAGACAGCCUCUCGAAGAAAGCCCUCGGAAUUGCUUGUCGCCGUCGACACCGCCCCGGGAGACUGCACCUGUUGUUCAGCGGCGCAACUCGCUCCCUGAUGAUGAGACGGGCGAAAGGAUCAACAGCGAAGCUACGGACGGAGCGGAGACUCGCAGAACACAGCAGCCUGGUGAUGUGUCGAUGCGACGCAGCCUCGCCCGGCGGGAAACCUCCGCCAUCACCCUGGGGACUGCAAUGGCCAAGGGCACAAACGAUCAGAUAUCACCGCCCACACGGCAGAGCAUCGCCACGAUUGGAAAGGAAAGGCCGCCGCCGACGACAGGGCGUUGUGUCAACAACAAGAGUUUGCCGGCACCGACCGCUGAAGCCGAGCGAUCUCAGCUACACAACGCAGGACAACCUCCACACCCAAUCAGCAACACGACCGGAAUUAGAGUUGAGGAUGGUGUAACGAAACGCCCCAGCAGCCCGAUCCCGGAAGCUCCACCAGUUGAGCGUACUCGACCCAAAAUUGCGAACCCAGCUACUCGAGGCCGCAAGGCUGCGCUGAAGUCUGAUGCUGCAGGGCAAGUUCCUCGGUCGAUCUUGCCAAUGGAACCCGUCCACGCACACGCGAUUGCGGAGCCAUCUGCGGCGCCACGGCCGGAGCCGGCCGCCGACGAAAGGCCGAAAAGGAAGAUGACCUUCCCUGGCUUUGUCUCUGCCAAAGCGGGCGGGCCCUGGAGCAGGGAGGCGCACGACCUGCUUGAGAGUGGUCGUCCUGGUUGAGAUGGGAGGCUGAGCGUGUGCCUUCCUGUAGCAGGGCAAGCCUGUCAGAACUUAUUCAGCUUGCCGGAAAG